AUGAUUUCUUCGGUGACCCAGUGCACUGGUUCAGUUUCAAGGAAACACUUUCUUUUCCCACAACACAACAACAAAACCUUCAUCUUGAACCCCACCACACGUAAACAGCAGGUUGUUGGCCUGCUCCCCCUCUCUUCACUCGAGGCGAUGUUUCUCGUAGAACCAGUCUCUCCGGGAGAAGUGGGGGUAGAGUUAGAACAUAAUGGAGGACAAGAAUCAGAAAUAAAUAAAAGAAUAGGAAAAGCAAUAAACUUAUACUACGCUAUAAAUAACAAAUUUAUAAAGAAGAAAGAAAUAACAAAGAAAACCAAGCUAAAUGUUUUUAAAACAGUAUUUAGACCGAUAUUAACGUUUGGCUGCGAAUCAUGGGUACUAAAUAAAGCACAAGAAUCCAAAAUAGGUGCAAUAGAAAUGAAGUUUCUUAGAGAUAUUAAAAGAGUCACAAGAAUGGACAGAAUCAGAAAUACAGUCAUAAGAGAAGAACUUGAAAUUGAAACCACUAUAGAAUAUAUAAAAAAGAGACAACUUAGCUGGUGGGGACAUCUACAGCGAUUAAACAACAAAAGACAAGUAAAAAAAGUAUGA